CUCUCUCUCUCUCUCUCUCUCUUCUUAUGAGUCUCACCAGACAGCUAUUACUGAGUCUGCCAGCCCACAGUCCCCACUCACUUUGAACCCUCAUUCAUUCAUUCAUGGCAUUCACUCUUCUUUUUUCUUCCCCUUCUUCAUUCACUUCACACAUGACCCUUUUUCAAUCCUUCUUCUUCUUCCGUCUCUAAUGCCACACAUAUUAUCCUUUUCACUGUCUCCUUGAAUGCUUUCUCUUUCUGCUCCGGAGAAGGGCAUGAAGCCCCAUUACCUGCUCCUCUUUCUUUUCCAACUGUUCCUUCUUCCUCUAUAUGCACUUGAAUCACGUAGCAGUAGAAUUGAUCAUCAUCAAGGUACAGAACUACUGGAUAGCCAUGAUGAUUUCAUUCCCAAAAUCUCACCCCUUGGUUCUCCUCAACCCCUUCUUCCUCUUCUUGCACCUUCACCAUUGACUCCAUUCACCAAUACCUCUAUCCCUAAGUUAUCAGGACUCUGCACUUUGAACUUUAGUGCUGCCAAAAGUUUGAUAAGUGUGACAGCAAUUGAUUGCUGGGAGGUUUUUGCUCCAUUUCUGGCGAAUGUAAUAUGUUGUCCCCAAUUGGAAGCCACUCUCACAAUUCUCAUUGGUCAAUCCAGUAAACGUACUGGUAUAUUUGCCUUGAACGGUACUGUUGCAAAACAUUGCCUUUCAGAUGUGGAGCAAAUUUUGAUGGGCCAGGGUGCCAGUAAUAAUCUGAGGCAAAUAUGUUCAGUUCAUUCCUCAAAUCUCACAGAGGCGUCUUGCCCAGUAAAAAAUGUGAAUGAUUUUUAUAACGUAGUGGAUACUUCUAAGCUCCUUACUGCCUGUGAGAAAAUUGAUCCUGUGAAAGAAUGCUGCUACCAAGUCUGUCAGAAUGCUAUAUUAGAAGCAGCUACAGCAAUGGCAUCAAAUGGUUCUCACAUUUUGGGUGUAGAUGCACCGCAUGUUCAACCUGAGCACUCAGUCCGGGUCAAUGAUUGUAGAAACGUUGUCCUUCGGUGGGUAGCUAGCAAGCUUGAACCUUCUCAAGCUAAGAAAGUUCUUCGAGGAUUGUCCAAUUGCAAUGUGAACAAAGUGUGUCCGCUGGUUUUCCCUGACAUGAAACAAGUUGCCAAGGGUUGUGGGAAUGGGAUAAGUAGCAAGACAGCAUGCUGUAAUGCCAUGGAAAGUUAUGUGUCUCACUUGCAAAAGCAGAGCUUCAUCACAAAUUUGCAAGCUUUGGAUUGUGCAGACACUUUAGCAAUGAAAUUGAAAAGAUCAAAUAUUACUGAAGAUGUUUAUAGUAUUUGUCACAUAAGCCUCAAAGAUUUUUCCCUCCAAGUCGGAAAUCAAGAGGCUGGUUGCCUAUUACCUAGCUUGCCUUCAGAUGCUACAUUUGACAGGACUGGGAUUAGCUUCCUUUGUGAUCUAAAUGACAAUAUUCCAGCUCCCUGGCCUUCUACAUUUAAAGUGGCUUCUUCAUCAUGCAAUAAAUCUGUCAACAUCCCUGCUCUGCCUGCGGCAGCAUCUAGUCAAAGUUGUCUCUAUAGUCAUGACGUUCUGUUUUUCCUGCUUGUUGCUUUAUCGUUUCUCUUGAUGACAAUCGUGUAGCUAUGAGGCUUCUUGUUAAACGAAGCUAAUUCCCUAGUCUUCCAACCAAGAGGGUUUUUGUGCGGGUGUUAGGUAUGCCAAAGGUUAAUUGUUAUUCAAUUGUGACCGGUCUUAUGGGAAAGGGAAGUCUAAAUUGGAGGUGAAGUCCAAUCUGUUUCUCAUCUUAUUGGUUCAUCAUUCUUGUGUGCUCGUGUAAUAAAUUUUUUGUAUAUAAGGAAAUUUAGAAAGCUUAGGUUAUACAGUAAUUGAUGUGCAAACCUAGAUUGCCGUUGAACAAGGUUUUGUAAUCAUCCUCUUUAAGUUAUAGGCAUAUUUUAGAAUUCUGUGCUAUACUGCUAUUUCUCUUUAGAGACAUGUUCUUAAUGGAUUUUCUUUGGCCGGUAAAGUUGAGAACAAAACAAAAUAAAUUUUUCUUAUGAAUGUGGAUAUAGAAGCUUCU